UCUGUAUUGACAAAUGCUAUGAUUAUUAAUUGGUAAUCUAGAUUUUCUUUUUGACGCUUAGCCUAAGGCUGUCCACUGCUUCUCCUCCUCCCAUUAUUCAACCAAGUAGAUUCCUUCUAACUUCGUAUUAAACAACACAAACCCUAGACAAAAUCAUCCCAUCUCUUCUUCUUCUUCUUCUUCUUCUUCUUGAGAAUGAACCUAGAAGAAAAGGUGAGCAUGGAGUUGGUUCCACCAUCUGAGCAUCUCUGCUAUGUCCGCUGCAACUUCUGCAACACUGUUCUUGCGGUUGGGAUUCCAUGCAAGCGGUUGCUGGAUACUGUGACAGUGAAAUGUGGGCACUGCAGUAACCUAUCCUUUCUCAGCACCAGACCUCCUUUUCAAGGCCAAUGCCUCGAUCACCAAUUGUCUCUUCAGAAACAAGGUUUCUUCAGCGAUUUGAGAAAGGGCCAGUCUUCAUCAUCAUCCUCAUCCAUAUCAAGCGAGCCAUUGUCACCAAAAGCACCCUUUGUGGUAAAACCACCUGAGAAGAAACACCGGCUUCCAUCUGCUUAUAAUCGAUUUAUGAAGGAUGAGAUACAACGCAUCAAAGCUGCAAAUCCUGAGAUACCACACAGGGAAGCGUUCAGCGCAGCAGCAAAAAAUUGGGCUAGGUACAUUCCAAACUCAUCAGCUGGAUCAGUUUCUGGGAACGGCAACAGUGUUAGUAAAAAGAUUAAUGAAGUGAUGUAUGUGUGAGAAGCAAGGCAUGCAAUGGGUGGAGAGAGAUGUGGAAAGUAGAAGAGAUGUUGAUGAGCAUAUCUGCAUAUAUCUAAAUUGGCUAAUUAACUCAAACUUUUUUCAAUUACUGUGUUUUUCAUUUGGUGUCAUGUUUGAUGGCAAGUGUUUCUCUUAUUGAAUUUGAAGAACAAGUUAGCUA